GUCCAAUCAAAAGCCAUGUAUACUCUCUGUAUUUAGGCACAGUCAAUUAAAUUUCAGCUGGAUGUCCCUCCUAACUCAUACCCUCACAAAUGUGUCUAAAUUCAUGACCGAACUCUUGAAUCAUACCGACUAGUGUCAUUUCAUUCUCAGCUCUCGAAUUGACAUUGCUUGGCUUUUCUUACCUUAUUUUUUAUACGUUCUCACCUUGCGCCAUGGGCAGCCACGAAUCCCCAGAUGACGCACGAAGAGCCUCGCGGAACGAUGGCGAUGAUACCCGCUCGCGCCAUAACUCCCACCGACACGACGACAGGCGAAAGGAAAGAUCCCGCAACAGAUCUAGAGAUAGGAGACGCCACCGACGCUCAAAAUCCCCUGAUGAUUCGCGUCGACGUAGAUCGAGUUCGCGAGGCCGUGGCGACGUAAAAAGGCGGAGACGCUCACACUCACGCGACCGUGACAGACGCGGCGAUAAAACCUCACUCCGCCAUCGGGCGCGAGAUGACGAUGACGGCCACGAUAGCCGGGACAGGGGUGAUAAGCAAAUAGUAAAGCGCAAUGGCCCACUGCCAUCACAGGCUGAUUCAUUCGCCGUUACCACCGGCGAAGAGCCAUCAAAGCCAAAAGAAAAGCCCAAUUAUGGAAUUACAGGUGCCUUGGCUGCUGCCUCCAACUCCGUCGUUCAAUCAGAUGGCUCCAGGAUUGUCUUAAAGUAUCACGAGCCGCCCGAAGCCCGCAAAGCUUCACCGAAAGACCAGUGGAAAUUAUUCGUGUUCAAGGGGGAAGAUAUCAUCGAUACGGUACCCCUUGGAGGUCGAAGCUGCUGGCUAGUAGGCAGGGAGCUGGCUGUGGUGGAUCUACCCGCUGAACAUCCCAGCAUCAGCAAACAGCAUGCAGUCAUACAAUUCCGGUAUAUCGAAAAGCGUAAUGAGUACGGCGAUAAGAUUGGCAAAGUGAAGCCCUACCUCAUCGACCUGGAAAGCGCCAAUGGAACUAUGCUUAAUGGAAAGAAAAUACCAGAAAGCAGAUACUUGGAGCUUAGAGAUAAGGAUAUGGUGCAAUUUGGGCAGAGCACACGAGAAUACGUGGUAAUGCUUCCCCCCAAAGACUGAGCUAUGAGCCUUGUCGAACAAAGAAAAUGUUGGUUUGUGGUCAUUCCACAUGUUCUAUUUUCGCCACGCUACACUUACACUGUGUAUCUGCUGUGCCUACUGCGCACUUUCACUUUUUAGAUGGAGACGGACAAUGUCACAAGCAGGUAGUUCCGCAAAGAGCCGCACCUAGAGAGCAGCUAAAUGAAACGACAAACCAGUUAUUUCCUCGCUAUGGUAUUCUCAUCCUCGAAUAUCUUCUAUCAGCAUCGCUCGGCACAUCCUCGCUUCGUUCCCGAGACAGAACCAAAGAGGCUAUUAUCGGCACGAGUCGAAGGAGCGGUGUCUUUGAAUUGACGUUACACCCUCAAAACUCGCCUCUAAUCUAGCUGAUUGAUACAUCACUCGCUGACCCAUGAUUACGAGAUGGUUCUUGAGGUUGGGACAAUUUAUCAACAAUCACGGGAUUGUCUCGACAUGCGGGUGACGACUUUUGGAUGCUACUACUCAAGUCAAGGAAUAUA